AUGUCCCGAUCCUGGAAACCCCACUCUCGUUCUCGAUCUGGACAUCCUAGAGGCUACGGGAGGGGUGGGCACAGGGACAGAGAUGCCAAAACGCCCAUGGAACUUAUUGCUUCUGUUAGCAGAAGUAGCGGUCUAGAGAAAGAUGGCGACACGUUGAAAGACUUCAAAAUUCAAGACGAUUAUUUGCAGUUUAUUCUGAAGAAAGUAGCCCAACUCUCACCGCUCGGCAUUGCCGAGCGGACAGAUAAGCGAAGGAACGAGGAGGAGAAUGUUUUGAUACUCUUUAGUGAGCCGCAGUGUAACACAUCGCGUGGUCUCGCUCCUGACCGGGUGUAUCUAUCACCAGGGAAGUUGCGAGAGGGAAUCUCAUCGUCGAACCGGCAAGAUGCAUUCACAUUGAAGGUUUACGAGACUUCUCUUUUCAUGGCCGCUAUAUUUGACUCUCAAAAACAACUCAACUCGAUCGUUCCCCAACUCCCUUCACUUCACGACUCUGUUUCAACAACGGCGCAUCUGAUAUCUCUCGUUCACUAUCUAACAGACCAGUAUCCGCGGCAGGGGGUAUUUCAGCAGCAUCUCGAUCUGUUACCGUCGUCGUUCUUGCCUAGGGGUUCAGAGGCGCGAAAGUGGAUUACAUCCGUGUCUGCCAGCCUACGGACGCACAACUACGUGAAGUUCGCCGAGCUCACCCAUCCUGACGCUUUCUCGCACUUCGUAGUUGGAGAAGGAGACCCUUCACCCUCCGCCAACGAUUCAGCAGCAAGACUUGCUCUACAAGCGGUAGUUGAUUCGUUGAGGAGAAAAUCGCGGGAUGAUACUUGGAGCAUUCUUCGAACGUCAUAUCGGGAGUGGUCGUGCCAAGAUGGCUUUGAUUGGACGCGAACGUGGCUUGAAAAAUGUCUCGUGCUAAGAUCGGUAUCUCCUCAUGGUCAAAAUAUGACCGCGGAGCAGUGGUUAGAAGGGCACGCAAAGGAUGACCAUGUUCGUCCUAGAGAAGGAAUUGACGGUAGAUGGAUCGUUUGCAAGCCAAGAUAG